AUGGCCGCGGCCUCGGUGGAUGCCCCAGCGUUGGAGGAGGCGGAGGAGAAUAAGUUUAAGGUCAUCACGGAGGUCUAUCGACCUCUACUCAUAGAGGUCCUGGAUGUCAAGGAUAUUGUAGAAGCUCUCAAGAUACAGUUUGGCGGGGGUGAUGCGAAAUUCAACGAAGUGCUAGAGUUGAUUGAAACAGGCGAAAGAAGAAAAAUUGUAGCAGAACGAUUUAUGGAGGCACUUAAGGUUAAAGAAGACAAAAGGGGUCUCUAUCGUGCUGUGAUCGAUGCUUUGAUUGCUUCAGAGAACGACGCAAUAGCUGAACAUCUGGAAGGAACGUCUGAAUUCAACACCAAGAAAAGGGAACAUUAUCGCUCCUUUCUUUGGGUCUACGCUAAUCGAUUGGAGGAUAUUGAGCCUCUAAGCCUUCUUACCUCAUUAGAAGAACAUCUUACUAAACGAGACGUCGAGAAAAUACGAAAAACGGUUGAACGUGAGGGAAAUUGUGCCGGUGCCUCAGAACUUCUCCUAAGACUGGAUCGUAAGUCAGAGGACUGCUUUGGAGAGUUCAUCAAGGCCCUAGACAGGAAUGGCUCACACAAACUCGCCAAGGAGAUGGAGGAAAUGAAAAAUUUCGCUCUGGGAAUCGGUGCAGAUGACGAAGUUGACGAUGGUAACGGCGAGGACAUUCCAAUUGUCGGCAACGUGUGUCCAUCAAGCGAUAAGGCAGAGGAAUUAGAACUACGGGAUUACCAAGAGGAGGUCCUAACUCCAGCAUUGAAGGGGCAGAACGCUAUGGUGGUCUUGCCAACAGGGACAGGAAAGACAGAAGUCGCCAUCGCUCUUAUAAGUCGCCGGUUCCUGGCCCGCAACCCUGUAGGAGCCUCUAAUCAUCGAAGGCAGAAGAGUGUGUUCGUAGUGAACAAGGUUCCCCUAGUGAAACAACAGAAGGACAGGUGUCUGAAAUACUUGAAGGGAAUGUGUGAGGUCGCUGGAGCUAGCGGUGAAGAGUUGAACCAUGUGCCAUUGGACAUUGUCAUCGAUGCCAACGACAUCACCGUCUUGACGGCACAGGUGCUUGUCAAUGCCCUCAAAGAUGAGAACAUUAAGCUUGAACUCUCCGACAUCGCACUCCUUGUCCUAGACGAAUGUCAUCACUGCCAGAAAUCUAAUCCAUACAAUGUUCUGAUGGCGAUGUACAGGGACCUAAAGCUGAACUCUCCGAAACUUCCAAGACCACAGAUACUUGGAAUGACAGCAUCACCUGGUGUUGGGGAUUCGAAGAACAUGGUGCAGGCUGAAUGCUACAUCACAAAACUCUGUGCUAACCUAGACUGCAUAAUUUCACGACCUAAGAUCUAUGCUGACAAACUCAAAGCGAAGAGUAACUCACCCAAGGAAACUCAGAUAAUAGUGAAAGGAAGACCUCUUGAAGAUCCUUACUUCCGUGAGAUCAGUGUCAUCAUGGAACGCAUCGAAGAUAAAAUCAAACUCGUAGAAGCCGGAAGAGCGCUUGUGGAGGGGAAUGACGAAUUCACUAAAAUGGUAUCUCGUCGUGGCGCGCAAAGCUAUGAACAGGGUGUGGUCAAUUUGAAGAAGAAGAUUCAAGAAACGAUAGAAAAUGAAGACGACAGGAGAGAACUAAUGGCAUGUGUGAGCUACCUGAGGGAAUACAACAACAGUUUAUUCAUAAAUCGUGAUGCACGUACGUCAGAUGCCAUCUCCUACAUGGAGGACUACAUCAAUGAAGAGGAGAGGAGUAGUCCUUCAGGCCCUGCUGAUAUGAUCCUUAAGAAAAUGUUCAGAGAUAAACUUCAGACUUUGAACCGAAUCGCUAAUCUGCAUAUGAGUAUCAACCCCGUCUUGAAUGAGCUUGGCAAGCAACUGAAGAAGGCAUAUGCAGAGAAUGAGGAGUCCCUUAGCAUCAUCUUUACAAAGACCAGAGCGUCUGCCAAGGCUCUGGUGAAGUGGCUCAAUGAAGACCCUGAUCUGAAUGGCAUCAAAGCUGACAUGUUGAUAGGAAGUGGUAAUCAAGGUAUGACGUCAACAGAACAAAAUAGAAAUCUACAGUUGUUCAAGGAUAAGAAAAGAAGGUCUGGACAUUAG